AGAAGCUUCCAGUGCUCUUAUCUGCCUGCGCUUUUCACUUUGAGACAAAGUUCUGUAAUUACAGCUCAUGGAUUUAUUUCCUCCACCUUGUAAAAGCCUGAAUUGUGAAGACCUCAUGGCAUGAAGGGCAGCAAUGAGUCAAGCUCUUGGGACUGCUAAGGAUUUCUUUGCCAUCCUCCCACCCCUUCCUUUUUGGAGAUGUGUAUCAGGAAAAGGCUUCGCCUUUAACGAGAAAUUUUACUGCUCUUGCCAAUAAUGUGUGGCAAUAUUAAAUUUAAUGGCAGACCUUGAAGUGUAUAAAAACUUGAGUCCAGAAAAAGUUGAAAGAUGCAUGAGUGUGAUGCAGUCGGGGACACAGAUGAUCAAGCUGAAGCGUGGGACCAAAGGACUCAUCCGGCUGUUUUACCUAGACGAGCACCGGACCCGCCUCAGAUGGAGACCCUCCAGGAAAAGCGAGAAGGCAAAAAUACUCAUUGACUCCAUUUACAAAGUCACAGAGGGUCGGCAGUCUGAAAUAUUCCACAGACAAGCUGAGGGGAACUUUGACCCCAGCUGUUGCUUCACCAUCUACCAUGGAAACCACAUGGAGUCCCUGGACCUCAUCACCUCCAACCCCGAGGAGGCCCGCACCUGGAUCACAGGCCUCAAGUACCUUAUGGCUGGCAUCAGUGACGAAGACUCCCUUGCCAAACGGCAGAGGACCCAUGACCAAUGGGUGAAGCAGACUUUUGAAGAAGCUGAUAAGAAUGGCGACGGCUUAUUGAAUAUUGAAGAGAUACACCAAUUGAUGCAUAAACUGAAUGUCAAUCUGCCCCGAAGAAAAGUCAGACAAAUGUUUCAGGAAGCAGAUACAGAUGAGAAUCAAGGAACACUGACAUUUGAAGAAUUCUGCGUUUUUUAUAAAAUGAUGUCAUUGAGACGGGACCUUUAUUUGUUACUCUUGAGCUACAGUGACAAGAAAGAUUACCUAACUGUGGAAGAACUGGCUCAGUUUUUGAAGGUGGAACAAAAGAUGAAUAAUGUGACAACAGACUAUUGUCUUGACAUCAUAAGGAAAUUUGAAGUUUCUGAAGAAAAUAAGGCGAAAAAUGUUCUUGGCAUAGAAGGCUUCACGAACUUCAUGCGCAGUCCUGCCUGUGACAUAUUUAACCCACUGCACCAUGAAGUGUACCAGGACAUGGACCAGCCCCUCUGCAACUACUACAUCGCAUCCUCCCACAACACUUACCUGACUGGGGACCAGCUCCUUUCUCAGUCCAAAGUGGACAUGUACGCACGGGUGCUGCAGGAGGGCUGCCGCUGUGUGGAAGUUGACUGCUGGGAUGGCCCCGAUGGAGAGCCAGUAGUGCACCAUGGCUACACUCUCACUUCCAAGAUUCUCUUCAGAGACGUUGUGGAGACCAUCAACAAGCACGCCUUUGUGAAGAACGAGUUCCCGGUUAUCCUGUCCAUUGAGAAUCACUGCAGCGUCCAGCAGCAGCGGAAGAUUGCACAGUACUUGAAAGGAAUAUUCCAAGAUAAGCUGGAUCUGUCAGCUGUAGACACAGGAGAGACCAAACAGCUCCCUAGCCCUCAGAGUUUGAAAGGCAAAAUCCUAGUGAAGGGCAAAAAGUUGCCAUAUCACCUUGGGGAUGAUGCAGAGGAAGGGGAAGUUUCUGAUGAAGACAGUGCAGAUGAAAUUGAAGAUGAGUGCAAGUUCAAACUCCAUUAUAAUAAUGGGACCACUGAGCAUCAGGUGGAAUCUUUCAUAAGGAAAAAACUGGAGUCCCUGUUGAAAGAAUCUCAGAUUCGAGACAAAGAAGAUGCUGAUAGUUUCACAGUGAGGGCACUAUUGAAGGCCACACAUGAGGGCUUAAAUGCACACCUGAAACAGCAUCCGGAUGUGAAGGAAAGUGUAAAGAAAUCACAUGGACGAUCCCUCAUGACCAAUUUUGGAAAACAUAAGAAAACCACAAAGUCACGGUCUAAAUCUUACAGUACUGAUGAUGAGGAGGAGGCGCAGCAGACUCCUGGCAGGGAAGCCGGCCAGCUCUACAGGUUGGGUCGCCGAAGGAAAACCAUGAAGCUGUGCCGGGAGCUGUCCGACUUGGUGAUCUACAUGAACUCAGUGGCUGCCCAGGAUGUUGUGGAUGACGGAACCACGGGGAACGUGUUGUCAUUCAGUGAGACCAGAGCACAUCAGGUAGUUCAGCAGAAAUCGGAACAGUUCAUGAUUUACAACCAAAGGCAGCUCACGAGGAUUUACCCUUCUGCUUACCGCAUCGAUUCCAGUAACUUCAACCCCCUGCCCUACUGGAACGCAGGCUGCCAGCUGGUGGCACUCAACUACCAGUCUGAAGGGCGAAUGAUGCAGUUAAACCGAGCCAAAUUCAAGACAAAUGGCAACUGUGGCUACGUCCUGAAACCCCAGCCCAUGUGCAAAGGCACUUUCAACCCUUUCUCUGGUGAUCCACUUCCUGCCAAUCCCAAAAAGCAGUUAAUCCUCAAAGUGAUCAGUGGGCAACAGCUCCCCAAACCUCCAGAUUCCAUGUUUGGAGAUCGAGGCGAGAUCAUUGAUCCUUUCGUUGAAGUUGAAAUUAUCGGGUUGCCAGUAGAUUGCUGUAAAGAGCAAACCCGUGUGGUGGAUGACAAUGGAUUUAACCCUGUGUGGGAAGAAACCCUGACAUUUACAGUGCACAUGCCAGAAAUAGCUUUGGUUCGGUUUCUUGUGUGGGACCACGAUCCUAUUGGACGAGACUUCGUUGGGCAAAGAACGGUGACCUUCAGCAGCCUAGUGCCCGGCUAUCGACAUGUCUAUUUGGAAGGAUUGACAGAAGCAUCCAUAUUUGUCCACAUAACAAUCAAUGAAAUUUAUGGAAAGUGGAGUCCCCUAAUACUCAACCCCAGUUAUACUAUCUUGCACUUUCUAGGCGCUACCAAGAACAGACAGCUCCAAGGUCUGAAGGGACUGUUCAAUAAGAAUCCCAGGCAUGUUUCCUCAGAGGGCAGUUCCCAUUAUAUUCGGAAACGUUCAAUUGGAGAUAGGAUUCUGAGACGCACGGCCAGCGCUCCAGCCAAAGGCAGAAAGAAAAGCAAAAUGGGCUUCCAGGAAAUGGUAGAGAUAAAGGAUUCGGUGUCAGAGGCCACAAGAGACCAAGACGGGGUCCUAAGGAGGACCCCACGGAGUUUGCAAGCACGCCCUGUCUCUAUGCCUGUGGACAAAAGUCUUCUAGGGGCUUUGUCGCUGCCUCUAUCUGAAACCGAAAGAGACACCGAAGGGAAAGAAAAUUCGCUGGCAGAAGAUAAGGAUCGCAGAAGAAAAGGCAAGGCAAGUAUAAAAGAUCAACAUUUUCCAAAUUUCAGCAAAAAGUUAUCCUCUUCCUCUAGCGCUCUCCACCACAAAGACACCAGCCAAGGGGAACCCGCUAAUUCUCUUGCCAGAAUGUCAAUCUUGAGAGAAGAGUUGGGAGUGCCAGGUGCUCAGGGCAGGGGCCCCAAAUCAAAUGGCUCGCAUGACUACCGGGCUAACCAGAGCCCCAGCAAACCCCUCCCACCACGGCAGCAUGUGGCUCUUCAUCCUGCAGCGAACCCACCCCAGGACGUAUGUGUUAUGACAGCCAAAGAAAAUGGGAGUGCUGGGACCUUUGUGGAGGGGAAAAGCACACCGGGAAGCAUCCUUUCUCAAAGCAACCUGGAGAUCAAGAAUCUAGGAGGAAAUUGGGGUAAGGGCAGCGUGGCAACAUCCUUUUCGUUGUCAGAUGUCUCUGCCCUCUGCCCUGAUGUGCCCGAUUUGCAUUCUACUGCAAUUCUGCAGGAGAGCGACCUUUCCCAUCUAAUUGAUAAUGUCACUUUAACAAAUGAGAAUGAGGUGGGUAGCUCCAUCUCAGCUCUGAUUGGCCAGUUUGAUGAGACCGGUGCUCAGGCUGACCUCCCCGUUGUUUCUCCUCUCUCGAAGUCUGGAGGGCUACCACACCACCACCCCUUGCCCACCAGGGGCCUAGACCUAGCCCUCAAGCACAGUUUUCCCCAGAGAACAUCCAUGGCAUCCCCGCUGUGUUUAUCCCCGGAGCGGACUGCGUCCUCAGCUCCUGAGAUCUUGGAACAGUCUACACAUGCAGCUGUUCAAGAAACUGCCUGUACUACUGUCUCUAACGUGAAACCAGAAGGCGAAUGUUCUGGUAAGUCCAAGAUGUUUUCUCAUACUCCUCACUGCUGGUCACCAAAAACCCCCACCAAUGGAAAAGACUGGGAAAGGCCGAGGAAGCACAGCCCUGCCUCUUCCACCAACUUGGUACUGGAAGAUGUCAGAGCUGAUGCCACUCUCUGCUUAAAUUCUGGGGAGAGCAGCCUAGUAGAGAUGGAUGGAGACUCAGAAAAUCUGUCCCUAACAACUUGUGAAUAUAUGAGAGAGGGUACCAGCCAUCUAGUGUCGCCUUUAAAACUGAAGUUUGCUCAGGACAUGCUGGAACAUUAUCCAAGAGGCUUGAGAAAUGGUUACUGCAAAGAUACUCUCCACCCUUCUGCCCCUGACACGUUUACCAGUACUGCGGAAAUCAAGCAUCAAAGUGUUUCUCACCUAGCCUACCAGGGUGCUGACUUUGUGCAUAAUCAUGUCCCAAAUUCAGAUGCAAAAAUGAACCAGAUUUGUGUGUCCCUGUCUAGUGCUAAAGACAUGCAUGUCCCUGUACCUACACGGUCCCCGUGGUCCCCACGGCCGUCUCCACCUGUUCUGAAGCUACCCAGUCCUUGCAAAUCCAAAAGUCUGGGAGACUUAACUUCAGAGGACAUCGCUUGCAAUUUUGAAAGUAAGUACCAGUGUAUCAGUAAGAGCUUUGUUACCCCGGGAGCUCGAGAGAAGAAGGCUGUGAGUGUGAAGACAGACUCGUUGGAGCCUGCAGAUGCUCUCACAGAGCAGCUACGGAAGCUCGUGUCCUUUGACCAGGAAGACGGCUGUCAAAUGCUGCAUUCAAAGCAGGAUGCCAACCAGUUCCCCAGGGCGCUGGUCAGAAAGUUGUCAUCCAGAAGUCAGAGCAGAGUACGCAAUAUUGCCAGUCGUGCCAAGGAAAAGCAGGAAGCCAACAAGCAAAAAGGUGUGAACCCCAGCAACACAGGGGGAGUGGUUCUCCGGAGCAAGCCCAGCGCACCCCCACCCCUGGGCGCCCGGCACUCCACCGGCUCCUACAUCGCGGGCUACCUGGGUUCCAAAGGCGUGGAGGGUCGGGGCAUCCCGGAGGGCUGUGCUGCCCUGCGCGCCGGCCACCUGGACCAGUUCUGUUCCGAUAACUCAGUUUUGCAGACUGAGCCAUGUAAUGAUGAUAAACCGGAAAUUUAUUUUCUUUUGAGACUGUGAGUUACAUGAAAGCUGCAUUUUCACUGUUUACAGCUACCCUGUAGAUUGUCAGUUUUCAGUAAGAAUAGCCCUUGCACUUGAAAUGACUUUAAGAUGUAUUUUUAAACUUGUAUUUCGGUCUCCCUUUGAUGCCAUGUGUUUAUGCGUUUGUAUAUAGGGUCUGUGACAGUUGCCACCUACUAUCAUCUUUCUCUCCUGAGUUGUAAACCUAUUGGUAUGACGUGUGCAUGCCCUAGAUGUGAAACUUCUAGCAGCUUGGGUUAUAAUGUACGUGUUUUGCCAGGAUGCUCUUUACUCUGUCCUCAGAUUAUAGUCACAAAUAUAGUCAUUUCUACUCUCUGUUGAGCUAAUUAAGAGACUUUGCAAAUGACAAAGGGAUGAAUUUACUCUAAAGCCUUUUUCACCUUUCCUAGUUUCCCUUCUUUGUUGAGAAGCCCAGAUGCAUUUAUUUUUACAACUCUGUUAAAUGAAGAUUAAAGUACCGUACCUUUUAAGACUUUUCCAACAUCCAUGCAGAGUAAAACUGCCAAGGAGAUUGGUAGUUGAUCCUCCCACACCCAAUCAUUUUAGUGUAGGCUGAGGUUGUAAGGAAUAAAACAAACUUCUGUAUAUAAGGACAAAGUUGUUUGCUUUAGAUAAAUUUUGUUACAUAUUUUUGCUAAUGGCUUUGUGUGUAACAAGAACAAAGUUGCCAAGCUAUUGUACUAAGUUUGCAGAUCAAACGAUAGACUGCAAAUGGCUUUCAGAAUGAGAGACUUUCCAUUAGACUCUAACAGUAAUAAUAGCACAAAUUGGAGCUUUCAAGAAAAAAAAAUAUUUUCUCAUAAUAAAAUCCAAGUGACUAGAUAAUUAAAAGAAACCCUUCCUUUCUGGGAGAUAAGUAACUCUAUUUUAGUAUCAACAUGCAUUAUUUUCACAGCAAAUCCAUUUUUUAUCGCAUGUUCAAAUGUCCCUCUUUGCUUUUUUGUAACAUUA